CGGGGCCAAUCCCCUUGGUGGAGGAAGCUCUGCCGAUUCUCAGCUCACUAGGGCGGGGGAGGAAAAGGAGGCCUCCCGGGGGAGGAAAAGGAGGCCCUCGGGGCUGGAGCUCGAAGGUGCGGGUGGUGGAGAAGUCGAGGCCGGUUGGAGGGCGCCUGCCGACAGAACCAGGGAUCGAACUCAGGACCUUACACUUCAGAGGCAGGCGCAAGGCCACUGAGCGAAAUCCCCGGCCCUAGACCUGCUUCUUCAAAGGAGGGGAGCUCUCUUCUCUUUGGUUUGAAACAGACUAGACUGCUCCUCCCUUUGUCUCCGGGAGUCAGUGAUCUGGAACUUUCCCCAGCAAGGAGGAGAGGUUGGGAUGAAAAGUUGAUUGCAAACAAGACCAUAGUUUGAGCCACCAUGGAACAAGCAGUCGGUGAGCCCAUGGGAGACCAGGUCAUGCGGACACGUUUGACAGGGGACAUUGCCAGAUCUAAGAAGUGCACAGUGAUUGGAGGCUCAGGAUUCCUGGGACAGCACAUGGUGGAGCAGCUGCUGGCCAGAGGCUAUACCGUCAAUGUGUUUGAUGUCCGGCAAGGCUUUGACAAUCCCCACGUGCGCUUCUUCCUGGGCGACCUCUGCAGCCAACAGGACCUGUACCCAGCUCUGGAAGGCGUAAGCACUGUUUUCCACUGCGCAUCACCCUCGCCGUCCAGUAACAACAAGGAGCUAUUUUAUAGAGUGAACUUCUUUGGCACCAAGAAUGUCAUUGAAACUUGCAAAAAGGCCGGGGUUCAGAAACUCAUUUUAACCAGCAGUGCCAGUGUCGUCUUUGAGGGCAUCGACAUCAAAAAUGGAACCGAGGACCUCCCUUACGCCUCAAAGCCCAUUGACUACUACACAGAGACUAAGAUCUUACAAGAGAAAACAGUACUGGGUGCCAGCGACCCCGAGCGGAACUUCUUCACCACAGCCAUCCGCCCCCACAGCAUCUUUGGCCCAAGGGACCCCCAGUUGGUCCCCACCCUCGUUGAGGCAGCAAGAAAGGGCAAGAUGAAGUUCAUAAUUGGAGACGGGAAGAACUUGGUAGACUUCACCUUUGUGGAGAACGUGGUCCACGGACAUAUCCUGGCCGCGGAGCACCUUUCCCAAGACGCGGCCCUGAGCGGAAAGGCAUUUCACAUCACCAACGAUGAGCCCAUCCCUUUUUGGAGCUUCCUGUCCCGCAUCCUGAUAGGCCUCAACUAUGAGCCCCCCAAAUACCACCUCCCCUACUGGGUAGUCUACUACCUGGCCCUCCUGCUGUCCCUGCUGGUGACAAUGAUCAGCCCCCUCGUCCAAAUCCAGCCCACUUUCACACCCAUGCGGGUCGCGCUGGCGGGUACAUUCCACUACUACAGCUGUGAGAAAGCCAAGAAGCUGAUGGGCUACCAGCCACUGGUCAGCAUGGAUGAGGCUGUGGAGAAGACCGUGCGGAGCUUCCACCACCUACGGAAGGUCGAGUGAGGCUGCUGGGACCGGGUCAGGGCCAGCUCCCCCUCCCCCUCCCCCUCCCCCUGCCUGGUAACUCUGGCUGUGCACUGACCGAUGAAUAGCCCUCAAAUGAGUUUCUUCUCAGCCUGCAGCUCUUCUUGCGAGUUCAGUGAGAGUGCACCCUGCCCCUCCGUGACCACAGGGGUGACGAGGAGAACAGGCAUUUCUUCCUUCCCAGCUUGACAUUCGGAUUUCUUAGUGUGUAGCUUCAUGUUCUGUUGUUUUCUUUUCUCUCUCUCCCCUCUCUGCUACUGUCUCUCUCUUUCCUCCUCUUCCUCCUCUUCCUCUUCUUCCUCUCUCUCUCUCUCUCUCUCUCUCUCCCUCUCUCCCUCCCUCCCUCCCUCCCUCCCUCCCUCACUGGUUCCUUAUUACAACAACCACCCCACCCCGAAGUUGCCCAUUUCAUUCCCAUGGCCUUGUAUCUAAUGGGAGCUGUAGGAAACAAACAACUCAUUGACAAUAACCUAGAAGACAAGCAAAAGUUGUAAACAUGUGUGAGACUUCAAAUGUACAUUUCACAUCAACAUAGUUUAGAGCAAAAAAAAAAACAAAAAGUAAACAAUUGUAAUUCCCCAGUCCCUGGGGGAAGAAAAGACCCCUGGUUGUUGACCUUCCAUGCUUCCUAAUUCUUUCAAGGACUGUUGCGUUGCCUGCCUGCAUCAGUCUUUUAUAAAACAUUCCCCUUUAUAACCAGAGUCCCAUUGUUUUUAGUGACAAGUGGUGAUCCAGUGCAGUGUUCAGCUGCUCAGCUCUUCUCUGACUCGAGGCAUCAGCUGGUGGACAGCUGGAGAGUCCACGAGAGGGUGUAGAAAGGGCUAUUUCCCUACUGCUUGUGCCUGUGGACUCCUGAAGGCCAACUUCCAAAGGGUCCAGCACAAAUAACUCUUCAGCCUUUUCUAUUUUUCUGGUGAUGUUUUGCUUCCAGAAACCAGUUUCUUCUCAGACUGAAAUGUAAUCUUAAAGAUUCCCAUGGUCUUCUUCACCUUCAUCCAAGGGGAGACUAGAAUAAAUGGAGGUCUACAAGUA